GGGACCUGAGGGUGGGGUUAAGCAGCCAGGUGGAUACAAAAGGCAGACACGUGGGCUUUGGGGGCUCUCUCCAUUUUGGGGCCCUCGGCCAGCUCGCGGCGUCCGUCUAGCUCUGAGAGUGACUUUGGGGUUUCCAGGUCGUCGGAUCGGGAUCACGGCUGUGUAGAGGAGAGGGAAAAAGAAGAAAGGAAAACCCUCAGUGACAUGGACUUUCCCUGGUAUUUAGAAGCAUUUGCAACUGUGUCUCUCUGAGGAUCAACAGUGGAAUUUUCAGGAACCUCCUUCCAUCUCUGUUGAUGUCUUGGCUGCAAUUCGUGUUGUGGGACUUGUUUGAUGAAGUGGUUACAUUGGAGAAUGGGGGAUAUUUCCUUGGAGGCCUUCUGGAUGAGCUGCUAGAGGACCCUCCAAUCAGUAGAUGAGGAGAAUAAUAUCAGCCUCCUGCCACGGAAGUGUGAGGCUGAAUAGCAAGUGAAUAUAAUUGAAAAUGCAUUGCUAAUACUGUGUGAAGAGUCACAUGAAGUGCUGAAGGAUAAGCUUACUCAGUGGAGGGUGACUGGAAGAUGACUGGUGACAUUUAAAGGUGAGCAAACAUUUGAAGGAAGUGAAUAGCACCGGCGAAGACGUGAACUGGAGAUGUGUCGGGCAUUCCAGAGUGAGCCACGAGGAGGCGUGGAAGGAGGCCCUCUGGCAUUGAGAAAGGCUGGUCUGCUUGAGAAACUUAAAGAACAAGAGUGUGAUGUGAAAGAUUAUGGGGACCUGCCCUUUGCUGAUGUCCCUAAUGACAGUCCCUUUCAAAUAAUGAAGAAUCCAAGGUCUGUGGGAAAAGCAAACGAACAGCUGGCUGGUGCGGUGACAGACGUGAAGAAGAAUGGAAGGAUCAGCCUGGUCCUGGGUGGAGACCACAGUUUGGCCAUUGGGAGCAUCUCUGGCCAUGCCAAGGUCCACCCUGAUCUCUGUGUGGUUUGGGUGGAUGCUCACACGGACAUCAAUACUCCACAGACGACCUCCAGUGGGAACUUACACGGACAGCCUGUGUCUUUCCUCCUGAAGGAACUAAAGAGCAAGAUCCCUGAUGUACCAGGAUUCUCCUGGGUGACUCCCUGCCUAUCUGCCAAAGAUAUUGUGUAUAUUGGCCUGAGAGAUGUGGACCCUGGAGAACACUACAUUUUGAAAACUCUGGGUAUUAAAUUCUUUUCAAUGACUGAAGUGGACAGAAUGGGAAUUGGCAAAGUGAUGGAAGAAACACUCAGCUAUCUAAUAGGAAGAAAGAAAAGACCAAUUCACCUGAGUUAUGAUGUUGAUGGACUGGACCCGGCUUUUACACCUGCUACUGGCACACCAGUCCCGGGAGGUCUGUCUUACAGAGAAGGUCUUUACAUCACAGAGGAAAUUUACAAAACAGGGCUACUCUCAGGAUUAGAUAUAAUGGAAGUGAACCCAUCUCUGGGGAAGACACCAGAAGAAGUAACUCGAACAGUGAACACAGCAGUGGCAAUAACCCUUUCUUGUUUUGGUGUGGCUCGGGAGGGCAAUCAUAAGCCUAUUGACUACCUUAACCCACCUAAGUGAAUAUGGAAACAUCAUAUAAAAAUUUCAUAGCUAAUUACAUAAUUAGUAAGUCUGAUCAUUUACUAAACCUUACAGUUAUCCUCCCAAAGAUUCUUUCAAAAAAAAUACUUUGCCUUAGUAAAUAUUACCACAAUUAGGAUGAACUGUAUCAAUUCCCUCUUGGUAUGAAAUUCAAGAAUUUAGACAUUCUAACUUGUGAAAUGAAAAAGUGUUUAUUUCCCAUUUUGGCAAAAGAAUUAUCCAGAGAAAGAACAGUAUACAUGUAUGCCCUUAUGAAAAUUUGUUGGCAUUACAAUAAACAUACCUAUUUAAGUUAUACUGAGUGGGGCUCCUGAUGUCAGCUCCUAAUGCUACCCUACCUGAAAAGGCACCGCAUUUCCAUGUUGUUAAAAGAUGUGAUUUUUAUAAUAAACUUCGUAAGAUUGUAUCUUGUCUACGUUUCUAAAUACAUGUUAACACGCACACAUAUAUACA